UAGUGUUGCUGGGGAUGACGUCAUGCUGGUCGUUUCCAAUGUCGGGAGCUCGCGCACCUACCGUAGGAGGCCGCUCGGCGCACAACUUCAUCCCAGACAAAAUUCAACCCCAAGGUCUUCGACAGCACGCCGGUACCGUGACGCCCAGGAAGAUCCAGUCCCACCCCCCCUCACCCUCUCUGUUGGAGCAUGGCUCAGGAGACCAAUCAGACCCAGGUGCCCAUGCUUUGCACGAUGGGAUGCGGUUUCUACGGUAACCCCCGCAACAACGGCAUGUGCUCGGUCUGCUACAAGGAACACCUACAGAGACAACAGGGAGGGGGGAGAUCCAGUCCUCCCGGGGAGAAAGCUGGGACGUCGCCGUCGGGGAUGCCCGGGGCCGGCGUGAUGUCGUUCCAGAGAGCACAGUCCCGGUCCCUGGCGCGGAGGCGCCGACGCGGACGUCACCGUGACGAACCAACAUCCAGCGUCAGUCCUGGCUCAGCCAGUCCAGUAACUCAACAGAUGACGGCCAUGAGCAUCUCUCAGGACUCGGAGCCGUCGGACUCGGAUCGAGUGGAGGCCGACGAUGCCGAAGAGGAGGAAUCUCCGGCACCUCAGAGCUAGCAGGAGAAGCUGCACAGACCUCCGACGGCGAGCAGACUCCUGAUAAAAA